AUGGGAGAUUGGGUGACGCAGUGGAGGGUGGAGUUUUUGGGGAGGGAGUGGAACUUCGUGGACAUAGGCUCAGUGGUUGUGGUUUUGAGUCUGCAUUGCCUUACACUUUUGGCUCCAUUUCAUUUCAACUGGCCUGCAUUUUGGGCGGCUGUGGCUCUCUACUUUGUCACAGGUGUUAGUGUGAAUCUGUCUUACCAUAGGCAGCUUUCUCACCGGAGUUUUAAGCUUCCCAAAUGGCUUGAAUACUUGUUUGCCUAUUGCGCUGUUCUAUCAUUUCAGAGAAGUCCACUUGAAUGGGUGAGCAUACACCGAUCUCACCACCAAUUUACAGACACAUUGAAAGACCCUCAUAGUCCCGUUCGGGGAUUUUGGUAUAGUCACAUGGGUUGGAUCUUCGAUUAUCGUUCUCGAUUUGGAAGUUACGAAGCACGACUAAAGAACGUUGGAGAUUUGAAAAGGGAACCGUUCUAUAUAUUUCUUCACUAUACGUACCCCCUUCAUGCAAUUGGUUUUGGUGUUGUGCUGUAUGCUGUGGGAGGACUACCCUUUUUGGUUUGGGGACUGGGUGUGAGGUCGGUAGUUUUUCUCCACGCUACAUUUGGGAUCAAUUCUAUUUGCCACACAUGGGGACAAGUGGUGUGGGAUACUGGUGAUUUUUCCAGAAACAACUGGUUAAUUGGAUUGAUGGCACAUGGAGAAGGUUGGCACAAUAAUCACCAUGCUUUUGAACAAUCAGCUCGGCACGGCCUGGAAUGGUGGCAAGUUGAUGCUACUUGGUAUGUCAUAAGAUUUCUUGAAGCUAUUGGUUUGGCAACAGACGUAAAGCUCCCUACUGAGACUCAGAUGAAACGAAGAGCUUUAACCGUCAACUACAACAUCAGUGAGGAAAAGAUUGAGGCACAAGUGAUCAACAAUGGAAAGCUCGAAUAA